AUGCGAAUUCCCGUAGAUCCCAGCGCCAGUCGGAGGUUCAGUCCGCCGUCCAAUAGCCUCCAGCCGGUCCCAGGGAAGAUGAACGAUGUGAACUCUCCAGCCGGGCAGCCGGACGCAGCGGCGGCGGUGCCAAGAUUGCGUCCCCACGAAAACCGCAGCAUGGCAGAGAUCAUCGCGGACCACCCGGCCGAGCUGGUCCGGACCGACAGCCCCAACUUUCUGUGCUCGGUCCUGCCCUCCCAUUGGCGGUGCAACAAGACGCUGCCUGUCGCCUUUAAGGUGGUUGCCCUGGGAGACAUACCUGAUGGGACUGUUGUCACAGUAAUGGCGGGCAAUGAUGAGAACUACUCGGCCGAGUUGCGGAACGCCUCGGGUGUGAUGAAGAACCAAGUAGCUCGUUUCAAUGACCUUCGCUUCGUUGGCCGCAGUGGCAGAGGCAAGAGCUUCACCCUGACAAUCACAGUAUUCACCAACCCACCACAAGUGGCCACUUACCAUCGAGCCAUAAAGGUCACCGUGGACGGACCGCGUGAGCCCAGGAGGCAUCGUCAGAAACUCGAGGACCCUCCCAAGACUGGUCUCUUCUCAGACCGCCUUAGUGAGCUUGAGAGGAUGAGGGUGAGGGUGGCCGUUCCCACUCAAGGCCCCCGGCCAACGCUCAACACAGCGGCCAACUCCUUCAACCCGCAGGGACAGGCACAGAUAACAGACCCUCGUCAGUCCCAGUCCUCUCCACCCUGGUCGUAUGAACAGACAUACCCAUCCUACCUGAGUCCCAUGGCGUCCCCCUCAGUCCACUCCACCACCCCCCUCUCCUCCAGCCGGGGCACGGGCCUGCCAGCCAUCAGUGACGUGCCUAGACGAUUGCCAGGUUCUUCUGACCUGAGCCCGUUCCCCGGUCAGUUUGAGCGUCAGUUCCCGGGCCUCUCCUCCCUCACAGAGAGUCGUUUCUCCAGCCCUCGGAUGCACUACCCGGCCACCUUCACCUACACCCCGCCCGUCACCUCUGCCAUGUCGCUGGGCAGUGCCCACUACCACACCUACCUUCCACCUCCUUACCCGGGCUCCACCCAGAGCCAGAGCGGACCCUUCCAAACUAGCAGUACGCCCUAUCUCUACUACGGCGCUUCGUCCGGCUCGUACCAGUUCUCCAUGGUUCCCGGUGGGGACCGUUCGCCCUCCCGGAUGAUCCCACCUUGCACUAGCGCCUCAACGGGCACCUCCCUGGUGAACCCCAACCUGCCCAGCCAGACGGAGGGAGGGGUAGAUGGCGAUGGCAGCCACAGUAACUCCCCGACUGUUCUCAACCCUGGAGGCCGCAUGGAUGAAGCUGUCUGGAGGCCAUAUUGAAGAAAACCCCGGGGGGCGGAGAUUGGAAGACACCUGAUGUCAUGGUUUGAAAGCACAAAACCUGAAAAGGGGAUUUUUGAGCUCUCAUCAGCUAUCUCUACCUUCUGCUUGGAAAUUAAGGUUGAGAUAUAAAAAAAAAGACCAGACUUGUACGGACUUGUCUUCCUGGAAUGUGUUUUGACCAAGGCACUACAAAGGGAGUCCUUCUCGCAGCAAUAAUGAAAAAGGCAAAUUCGUUUUACUAGGCCCAAGUGGAUGAGACAUUAUUCCAGUCUUAUUAUAGUCCACAAGCUAAGGGAUGCUUCAAAAAUAUUUGUAAAAGACUGCCUCUUUUGUAUAGUGUUUGUAUUUCAAUAAGGCUUUUUGCAGAGCAUGU